GUGUUGGAGGCGUGUGCGAGGGGUGGGGUCGACAUCCCUCGCUUCUGCUAUCACGAGAGGCUCUCCAUUGCCGGCAAUUGUCGCAUGUGUUUAGUCGAGAUCGAAAAGGCCAUCAAACCCGUGGCCUCGUGUGCGAUGCCAGUCAUGCCCGGAAUGCGAAUCAAAACCGAUUCGCCGAUGACUCGGAAGGCCAGGGAAGGGGUGAUGGAGUUCUUGUUGUUGAACCACCCGCUGGACUGUCCCAUCUGUGAUCAGGGAGGAGAAUGCGAUCUUCAGGACCAGUCGAUGGCCUUCGGCAGCGAUCGGUCCCGACUUCAGGUUCAUUGGGACCCUAAGCGCGCCGUUGAGGACAAAAACAUCGGACCUCUGGUGAAGACAAUAAUGACUCGUUGUAUUCAAUGCACGCGUUGUGUGCGGUUUAUGAAUGAAAUCGCCGGCUGUGCAGACCUCGGCACCAGUGGUCGCGGCAGUGAUAUGCAAAUCGGCACUUAUAUACAGAACACGGCUUUACUAUCAGAACUGUCGGGCAAUAUUGUGGACAUCUGUCCGGUGGGCGCUCUUACGAGCAAACCCUAUACCUUCACCGCCAGGCCGUGGGAAUUGAGACGAUUUGAUUCGGUGGACAUUAUGGACGCCGUCGGCGCCAACAUCUCUGUCUGCCAACGAUCGGGAGAUCUG